UUUUUUUUCCUAAAAAGCUAAAAACUAUACCGCGACAGUAGCGCAUCCGUCUGAGCUAGAUGUCGCAACGAUCAACUUCCCUUUUCGCGACCGACUGUGUACUGGCAUACCUCGCCUCCUUUCUUUCCGUACAUUCAAGAUGGUGAAUGUACCUAAGCAGAGGCGCACUUUUUGCAAAAAGUGCAAAGUACAUAAGCCACAUAAGGUGGCACAGUAUAAAAAGAGCAAAGAAAGGCAUGCGUCUCAGGGUAGGCGACGUUAUGACCGCAAACAACAAGGUUUCGGUGGCCAAACCAAGCCUAUCUUUAGAAAGAAGGCUAAGACCACCAAGAAAAUUGUAUUGAGAAUGGAGUGCACUGAGUGUAAAUACAGGAAACAGAUUCCCCUCAAACGUUGCAAGCAUUUUGAACUUGGUGGUGACAAGAAGAGGAAGGGUCAGAUGAUCCAGUUCUAAAAAGAUAACUUUAAGGAACCAUAUUUAAUAAUAAUAAAUAAAAAAUCUUUACUGGUUUGUAAAUUUGUUCUUUUUAUUUCAAAUAUAUGUACAAAAUUAAAAUGCAUAUACAAAA